UGUAGAAAAAGGUUCUCCACAUCAGCCUCUUUCCCUCAAAGCCACACACAUGCACACACAAAAGCACACACACACACACACACACACAAACACACACACACACACACAUUGCCCAACACAUGGUCACGCACCCGUCAUCCAGCCCAGAAGUGGACAGGCAGCGGUUAAGACUAGGUACAAACUGAGAGGUCUCCUCUUGGACGAGUUAAGAGAUCAGGCAUAAACCGAGGAACGAAGAGAGCAGCGUCUGUCCUCAGCGACCGCACUGACACACAGACAGACAUGGCGAAGGGGUUCUACCUCAGCAGGAACCUGGCCAUGGCCGGGCUUCUCCUGGCCGCCAUCGCCUUGGUAACCAUCAUCGCCCUGUCCGUGGUGUACGACAAGGAGCGCAGCAGGAACAGAGCUCCCAGUAAUGGCGCUCCAAGCAUGGGGGCCUCCUCCACCCCCACCAUCAUAGACCCGUACUCCUCCUCCACAAGCGCCAGCCCGGGCCCUCAGAAGCCCUGGCAGCGGUACCGGCUCCCGGACACCCUGGCCCCCGUGCACUACGCCAUCACCCUGUGGCCCCGGCUGGAGCCCGACCAGCAGGGUCUCUACAUCUUCACGGGGAACUCCACCGUGCGGUUCGUCUGCUUGAAGGACACCGACCUCAUCAUCAUCCACGCCAACAAGCUCAACUUCACCCUCUUCCAGGGACACGAGGCCCGGCUGGAGGCCCUGGACCCGGCCCACCCUGUGCCCCAGGUCCAGAGCUCCUGGCUGCAGGAGGAGACGGAGUACCUGGUGCUGCAGCUGGACGGAGCGCUGAAGGCCGGGAGGGUCUACCUGCUGGAGACGCAGUUCAAGGGAGAGCUGGCGGACGACCUGGAGGGUUUCUACAGGAGCCAGUACACGGAGGACGGGGUCCAGAAGGUGCUGGCCACCUCUCAGAUGCAGGCGACGUUUGCCCGGAAGGCCUUCCCCUGCUUCGACGAGCCCGCCAUGAAGGCCACGUUCAGCGUGGUCCUCAUUCACCCCCUGGGGACCGGCGCCCUCUCCAACAGCAAGCAGAUGGAGAAUUCUCGCAUGGAGUUUGACGGAAUCCCAGUCUCCAGGACGACCUUUGAACCCACAAAGAGGAUGUCCACCUACCUGCUGGCUUUUAUCGUCAGCGGCUUCACCUACAUAGAGGGAGAUCAGGAGACAGAUGUGCAGGUUCGUAUCUGGGCCCGGCAACAGGCCAUCACGGAGGGCCAGGGGGACUACGCUCUCAACGUCACGGAAGCCAUUCUGAACUUCUACGAGCACUACUACAACACCUCCUACCCUCUCUCCAAGUCAGACCAAGUAGCCCUGCCCGACUUCAACGCGGGGGCGAUGGAGAACUGGGGGCUGAUCACCUACCGGGAGACGGCCCUGCUGUACGACCCCGUCGCCUCCUCCACCGGCAACAAGGAGAGGGUGCUCACCGUCAUCGCCCACGAGCUCGCCCACAUGUGGUUUGGGAACCUGGUGACCCUGCGGUGGUGGAACGACCUCUGGCUGAACGAAGGCUUCGCCUCGUAUGUUGAGUACCUGGGGGCGGACCACGCAGAGCCCACCUGGGACAUCAAAGAGCACAUCAUCUUUGACGUGCGUAAGGUGUUUGCGGUGGACGCCCUGGCCUCCUCUCACCCGCUGUCCCGUCGCGAGGACGAGGUCAACCGGCCCAGCGAGAUCACUGAGAUGUUCAACACCAUCUCCUACAGCAAGGGUGCAGCCGUUCUACGCAUGUUGUCCGAGUUUCUCUCAGAGCCUGUGUUUGCCAAAGGGCUCAGUUCCUAUCUGAACAUGUUCGCCUUCAAUAACACCGUGUACACAGACCUUUGGGACCAUCUGCAGCUGGCAGUAGAGGACACCCCGAGCAUCAGUCUCCCUCGCUCAGUUCAGGACAUCAUGAACCGAUGGGUCCUGCAGAUGGGCUUCCCGGUGGUUACCGUGGACACCAGAACCGGACAAGUCAGCCAGCAGCACUUCCUCAACGACCCCCAGGCUGUGGUGGAACGGGCGUCCCCCUUCAGCUACACCUGGUUCGUUCCCAUCAAAUGGAUUAAGAGCGGAGUUGAACAGGAGCAGUUCUGGCUCCUGAAGAAGACAGACAUGCAGAGCCGUGUGAUCGCGACGGGGGACCAGUGGGUGUUGGCCAACACCAACGUCUCGGGAUACUUCAGGGUCAACUAUGACCUGGAGAACUGGGAGCGCCUGCUGCAUCUGCUGCAUACCGACCACCAGGCUAUACCAACCGUCAACAGAGCACAACUUUUGGAUGACGCCUUUAACCUGGCCAGGGCUAAGGUGAUCAACACCACGUUGGCUCUGAGGACUACCAGCUACCUGUCCAAGGAGAGGGACUACAUCCCCUGGGCCUCGGCCCUCAGUAACCUCAACUACUACUUCCUCAUGUUCGACCGCACCGAGGUCUACGGGCCUCUACAGGGCUACAUCAGGAAACAGACCCUGCCGCUGUUUGAGUACUACAGGACGAUAACGGCUAACUGGGCACGAGUACCACCCGGCCACAAUGACCAGUACAACCAGAUCAAUGCCCUUAACAUGGCCUGCAGCACGGGCCUGAAGGAAUGCAAGGAGCUGGCUCUGAGGUGGUUCUCCGAGUGGAUGGCUGAUCCGGAACACAACCCGAUCCAUCCCAACCUCAAGAGCACAGUGUACUGCAGCGCCAUCGCCUUCGGGGGAAUGGAGGAGUGGGACUUUGCCUGGAGGAUGUUUCAGAAUGCUACCGUGGCAACAGAGUCUGCCCGUCUCCGGGGCGCCCUGGCCUGCACCAAGGCACCGUGGCUCCUCAACAGGUAUCUGCAGUACUCCAUAGACCCCACAAAGAUUCGGAAGCAGGACUCCGUCAGCACCAUCGUGGCCGUGGCUCGGAACGUCGUGGGAAUGCCGCUCGCAUGGAACUUUGUCCGGGAAAAUUGGAGUUACAUUUUCAAUAAUUACGGGCGUGGUUCCUUCUCGUUCUCUGGUCUAAUCACCGGGAUUACACAACGCUUCUCCACAGAGUUUGAGCUAAAAGAGCUGGAGCGCUUCAAGGAGCAGAACCUCCAGGUGGGGUUCGGCUCGGCCUCGCUGGCUCUGGAGCAGGCGAUAGAGAAUACCAGGGCAAACAUCAGAUGGCUGGCUGAGAGCAGAAGCCAGGUGUUGGACUGGCUGUCCGGAGAGGCCAAGUGAAACCCCACCUAGACGGGACCUCCGCUGGAAGGACUCGUAAUGAUACGUCUCUCCUGGGGAUUCUGGUGCUACGUACACUCAAGGUCGAAGAAGCGACGUAGCAGCGCAGAAAAGUCUGUUGUGUACAUAAGGCCUCGAUACCGUCACAGGGCCUGUGGAUAGCUGUCCACAUGUCGAGAAAUUUAGCAGUUCAUUCUCCGGGGACUGAAUCAGCUCCACGAGCAGGAUGUUGAAUGAUGUAGUGCCCCUAGGGUCCCUGGACCACCUGUGUUUAUAACGUGUGGGUUCUGAAUCUGUGGAUCUAUCUGAUGAGGGACACCGGAAUAAUUAAUAAUUCAAAAUCAAAAUUAAGCGGAGCUAUAUGCGACAAGGUUGUGGACCUUAUUUUGGUUAAAGGUGGGGUGCUAGUUUUUUACAUUCCUAUUUGAUUUGUGUGUGCUUAUGUCCUUCUUGUGUGUCAUAGCUUAUAUCUACAAUGUCGCUAACAGUAUUAAAAUGUGUACAAAGCGUUUGACUAACAGACUAAUUGAUUUGGAUUCGCCCGAAUGUGACACUGGAGGAUAUCAGUUGAAAAGGUGUUGUUUAAUAAAGUACAACAUUGUGUAAAGUGUUUUCUUCAUGAAUGAUCUGUUAUACUGCUCAAUAAAUUAUUGUAUUGUACUGAUCUAUGUGCCUGUUAUGCUACGUUUGAAACAACACAGUGAUAAAUAAUAAGGUCAAGAGAAGAAAUCAUAACAGAUAGUGGAAGAGAAUAUUUCCAUUUCAGUCAAUGGUUCAAAUUCAGUUGUAUUAUUGUUACAGUAAAUCUAGUCUGUAACGGAUAGUAUUGUAUAAUCUGAUGUAUAAACCCAAAUUAAAUGAUAAAAUGUCUUAAUCUUUUUUUC